GCCUUUAUAAACGACAGCCUCACAGAUUGAGCCAGGCCUCAGUCGGAGCAUGAUGUAGAUUGGUCUUGGUCAGCACGAUGACAUAUGCACUCCGAAAUCUCCGUUCCGACCGGCUGUAAGCUUAGCCUUGCUAGCUAUCUCCGCUGAAUGACUUCAACCUGAAUCCAAACUCGGAGCGACGUCUACUCCUUUUCAACUUCGCUUCGACCUUCUCUCUGAGCUUGCAGACAGUCUCCACCAGACAUCCAUCAUGGCAGACCCCUCUAGACUAACCGGCGACCCAAACUCGCACGACCUCUCCAAGUUCAGCACCUCCCUCUCCUCAACCUGUCUCUGCAAGUCAAUUCGCGUGACCAUCAACGACAACGAACUCUUCACGCGCCCACGGGGCCAUUUGUGCCACUGUGCGAACUGCCGCAAAGUCUCCGGAUCUUACGUAUCCUCGAACCUCGCAAUUGAGCGAGAGAAAGUCGUCGUCGAUGACCCCAAGGGCGUAAUGAAGAAGUACAUUGACUGGGAGACAAACAGUGGGAAUAAGGUUGAAAGAUUCUUUUGCGGGACGUGUGGAAAUCCCAUAAUGUCCCUCCCCGACGUCUUGCCAACAUUGGUUAUCGUCAAGAUGGGCAUGUUCCCGCGCAUCCCCCAACCUGAGUGCGAGAGCUUCGCGCUGCAUCGACACCCCUGGCAGGGAAAGCAUGAGGGACUGACGCAGUUUGAGAUUGUGAAGGGCGGGAAGAAGUUGGGUGAAUGAGUGGGUGAUGUGUUGGGCUGCGCGCGUGGAAGGACCGAGGGAUGUGACCGGUAUGCUGACUGAUAGGUGAUGACGUUGGCGU